AUGUUUAACAGAGAGAAGAAACAUGUAAAAGGAAAAAGGAGGAAUGAGGAUAAUUACUUAGACCUCAACAAUCUGCCAGAUGAUUUUUCUAGAGAUGGCAAUAAGCAAACCCUGGAGGAAGGUUCUUCCUCUGGUCAAAGAAAGAAGAAAGGUAGUAAAGAAGGGAAAGAUGAGAGCGGGAAGGUGUACGAAUGUCGAUUUUGUUCACUUAAGUUCUGCAAAUCCCAAGCUCUUGGUGGCCACAUGAAUCGCCACCGACAAGAGAGGGAGACCGAGACAUUGAAUCAAGCUCGUCAAUUGGUCUACCGUAACGAUACCUUAACCCCACCAGCAAUUGCACCUUUCGGAUAUCAAACCUCUGAUCCAACAAUAUACCGGUCGGUUUACUCAUCACCGAUGCUAUAUACCGGAAGCUCCUCAACAAACAUGGUUCCUCAACCGCUUCAACCACCAUAUCCAUACUCUUCAAACCAAUACUCGCCUUACAACAACAUCAACGAUUACUACUUCAGCCAAUCCUAUCGAGGCAACAGAAGCAUCUCUCCAAACCCUAACCUUCACACCACAGCAACCGUUAAUUACAUGGCUGGUGGUCCUGUGGAAUCAAGCUACACUUGCGUCGGUGAACCCAUUGAUCAGGCCGGUUUUGCUAACCGUGGCUCCGCCUUAGUCCGUGCGCCGCCGCUGGAACCGGCACAAGUUCGUGAUGGGGACGCUUCACGGCAGCGUUUGGAUCACUCUCUUCGGCAGCCCAUUAACCGGUUUCAAGAUCAUCACUCGCUCUAAGUUUUAACAUGUUUCAUCUGCUCCUGCUCCUGCUUUUCUUUUAUAUAUUUUCUUCUUUUUGGGUAUUUCUUGUUCUCUUAUUUUGUUUGGUCGUCGAGAAAGUAGGGUUCUCGAAUUGUCUAAACGCCACGGAUCCUACAUGUGUUGUCAGCCAAUGGCCCGUUCGUUCUUGUUCUUCUCUUAAGUUGAAAUAACGAUAUUAGG